AUGAGCCAGAACGCUACUCCCCAGGCAACAGAAGGCCAUAUGUCUAUGAACGAUCAGCAGAGCAAUUCUUCGUCGGGAACAAACAACACACAGCAUCCGUCCUCAUCGUCGGUAUCGUCUGUGCCCACUGUGUCGGACUCGACGGCCGUCAACUCCAGGGAGUUGCUCAACGCCUACGUCUACGACUUCAUCCUCAAGUCUGGAUUCACAGCGACGGCAAGCGCGUUUUUUAAAGAGGCCAACAUCCCGGUGAUCCACAGCGAGAAGAGGCCGACAAACUCGCCAUCCAGCUCCGCCACGGGCACCUCCGACCUGCCUGCGUCGUUCAUGACCAUGGACGCCCCGCAAGGCUUUCUGUACGAGUGGUGGCAGAUCUUCUGGGACGUCUUCAACGCCCGCACCCAGCGCGGCGGAACCACGAACGCCACGCAGUAA